UUAUUUGGCCAGGUGUCACCAUCUUGGCUAGCCACGUGUCGACUCCUGAGUGGAUGCUAGGGAAUCAGCUGAGCAUUUGAGGAACCAAUAGAAAUUUGACAUGUGGAGGAAGGUUCUAGAAGAGGAAUAUAUGGGGAGCGUAUUCCGUUAUGCAGAGGGGUGUCGUCUGGCAGCUGCAGGGUAGUGGGGGGAGAGAGAAAAACGGAAAAAAAGGAAAAACCAGGGAUUCGGGAGAGCUUGAGAGUGGAGAGAGGGGAAGGCUGCUAAAGAGGGUUUUUCAGAGAGUUUUGAGCUAGUUGCAGACGGUGAAGCUCAAAGGAAGACACCUUAGAGAGGUCGUCUGGGCAGUGAGAGAGGAACGGAGUGUUGACUGGAGGGGAGUUCUCUCUGGUUGAAGCUGUUACAGACAGAGUAAGGUGGAGGGCUAAGCAAGGAAGAAGAAGAAGGGUGAUUUACUGAGUUCCUGUCGAUCUUGUUGGAGAAAACCAUUCUCAGAGAAGCGUUUGAAACCAGAGGGCCAAAGUGGAGGCCUCGCCCAACUCAAGAAAUUCACCACCAUAUUUGAUUAUUUUCCAUGUCCGACCAACCCCAUUCUGCCAAAAGGCGAUUUCCUGCUGUUCCGCACUAGUCCAACUCCGGUAUUUAAACCCCCACAAACUCAUGCCUCCAUUGCAACUACCAGCUUUCGGUUUCUGAUUCUAGAUUCAUUUGAGGAAGAGAGGAAGCCAGCAAAGCGAUGGGUUUCACUUCUGGACAAGGAAUAGUCACCUUACUGGUGUUAAUUGCUUCCCUGUUAGCGGUCGGUAUGGCAAACAGACCCAUUGCAGGUAAGCCUGCAAAUCACUGGAAUUCCGGCUUCAAUCACAGCAUUUGGGGUCCCAGAAACAAUCCUUUCCACCCCAAUAAUACCCGGCCUCCCAAGAAGUUCAUCGUCGGUGGAUCGGAGCGCUGGCGCUACGGCUUUAACUACACUGAUUGGGCUCUCAAGAAUGGACCCUUCUACAUUAACGAUACUCUGGUGUUCAAGUAUGAUCCUCCAAACAGCACCACAUUUCCUCACAGCGUAUACUUGCUGCCAAACUUUGGGAGCUUCCUGACGUGCGAUCUGAGCAGAGCCAAGCAAGUGGCUACGGUGGCGCAAGGAGGCAGCAAGGGGUUUGAGUUUGUGCUAAAGAACUUGUGGCCUCACUACUUUGCCUGCGGGGAACACAAUGGGCUGCACUGCAAAGAGGGAAUGAUGAAGUUCUCUGUGAUGCCGCUGUUUCGUCCCUGCCAUGGCUGAUCAUGAAUGGAGAAUGGCUAGGGAAGAUGCAGUGCUUCUUCUUCUUAUGUGUUUUUUUUGCUUAAUUUCCAUGUUCUGAAUUUUAAAGAAAUAAAGAGUCUUCAGACUCAACAGUUGUAGGAUAUCCAGCAAUACAAAAAUGUAAUGGUUUGUUUACACG